AUGUAAAAUAAUUAAUUGAAAAUUGAGUUCGGGAAUAAUUCUUUAAAAAAAUAGGUUCUAACACAUUUGUUUUAGUAGUACUAAAAAAUUUAAGAUAAAUUAUCUUUGAAGUAGUUAGAUAAAAAUAUAAUAGGAUACCUUAUUGCAAUAAUUUCAAACUAGCAAAAGUAUUCAAUGUUAAUGCCAAGAAUUCAGAGAAUUGUUUAAUAAUAGAAUAUUAUUAUGAUGGUCUUAAUGGAGAAUAAUUAAAAUUUGUAAUAAAGGAUUCAGAGGUAUAACAGGAAGGAUUUACAAAUAAAUUUAUACUAGAAUAAUAGGAUGUCUUAAUGGCAAAGUAAGUAUUAUAAGUUCUAAUAGAAACUUUUCAUUGGUCUGCAAAUUUUGGGUAUUCUCGUUUUUAAUAAUUUAGUUAAUUUAUCGAUCCAUUUAAGGAGAAUUUAAUUUAUGAUAGAGAGUAUGAUUUUUUCUUGUUUAUUCCUACAUUUGAAUUGAUAACUUAAUAUCUUUUCCUUGGUAAAUUCGAUUUUUCAUUAGAAAAAUUAUUAAAUUUUAGAUUAGGUCCUUAUUAAAAUGGGGUAUAUAUAAUAAAAUAAUAUAAGACACAUAUAUUUUUUUGUGAGUAUUUGGAUACAUUUUUUUAAUUUUUGAAAGAUUAAGAUGAUGAUAAGUAAUUCUAUAAAUAAAAAUUGCAUGAUUAUCGUUUAAAAGUGAAUCAAAUAAAUGAAAUAUUAAAUUUGAAUGAAAAAUAUACAGGUGUAGAUAGUCUUUAUGGAGAAGAUUAAGUAAAAAAGAAAUAAUGGAGAUAUAGUUUUAAAUAAAGCAUGAUUCUUUAUUAAUUAGAUUCAAAUUAGAAACUUAGAUAAUUGUUUUUAGAGAGAAAAGAAAAGGAUUAUUAGGAAUCUCGAACAAAAUAAUCAUUAAAUACAGUUUAGUCUGAUAAUUUACGAGGAUUUUUGAGAUCAUUAUAUGAUAUAUAAUCUGAAAGUCAUGAUGUAUUGACAAGUUUUGGUUUAAAAAUGAAAUAGUUUUUGGAUACAAGAGUUGAUUAUAAAAAAUAGAUAACUAGUAUAGCUGGAGCAUUUAGACCAAAUUAUUAGCCUAUAAAUAAUAAGAAUAAGAUGAUAGAUAUGGCAUAAUAACAAUAAUAAUAAGGAAAAUAAAAUGACAAAUAAAAAAUAGAGAGUGAUUAAAAUAAUGGUUUAUUUGAUUUUAUUUGGCAUUCAGAUAUUAAUUCUUUGAAUAUGAUUGCCUAAUAUAUUCCAUAAAAUUUUAAUAAGAAUGGUAAUGAUGCUAUAAGUUCAAUGAAAUUAGGAACGGAUGGUAAAUAAUUGUUAUUAAGAUAUAAAUUGGAAUUAUUGGAGCAAAAGAAUUGUUAUAUAGUAAAGACUGUGAUUCCGGAAAUAAUGUUUACAAUAGAGACAGCAGAUGAUAUAAUGUUUUUAAUAAAUGUUCUUUAGAAGGAAUAAGGUUAAACAAAUUUAUAUGUGGAUGAUAAUAGAAGAUUGAUGUUGUAUUCUUCGAUAGUGAUGGUAAUUUAAUAUUAAAAAUGUUAGGGUUAAAAGAUAGAGAUUAUAAGUGCAAUAGUAAAGAUAAUUGAUAUACAUUAAAUAUACUUUUAUUUGAUAUUGGAAUUCUAUGCUAAGAAUAUAGCAGUAGGGAGAUGUGUGAGAGAAUUAAAGUAUUAACAUUUCGUAAGAGAAUUGAUAUAGUAUGUGUAAGAUUAUGAGGAUGAUUUUGAGAAUUAGAUGAAAAACAUUAUGAGCAAAGAAAUUUAGAUUGGAUUUUGA